AUGGCGGAGCUGACAGACGCGGAGCUCCGGAAGGAGCUGGUAGCGCUCGGCUACCGGCCGGGGCCCAUCACCGCCACCACCCGCAAGGUCUACGUCAAGAAGCUGGGCUGCCUGCGGGCCGAGGUGGCGGCGGCCAGGCGCAGCGGCCGCGGCGCGCCGCCGAGCCCGGGCCGCGCCCCCGCCAGGCCGCAGCAGGCCUCGCCUUCGCGGCAGUGGUCCGGCUUCAACUUCAGCCCCGUCGGGGCCGCCCGCGACAGUGAGGAGGAGGAUGAGGAGGAGGAGGAGGAGGAGGAGGAGGAGGAAGGGGGGCAACAGCCCGCGUCCCGCUGGGGGACUUCUGGGGAGGGUGGCGGGCUGUCCUGGGGGGACUCCCGGGGGUCCCCCCCGGGCCGGGGUGGAGGACUCGGCUUCAGGGCUAAGGGAGGCCUGUCCUGGGACAGCUUUGGGGGGCUGAGCCCCUCGGCGCAGUGGGGGGCAUCCGUAGAGAGAAGCGAGGGGGCCGGGACCGGGCUGGGGGCAUCCCUGGGUGGGCAUGGGGGGCUGAGCUCCCCCUCCCAGUGGGAUACAUCUAUAGAGAGAAGUGGGGGGCUUGGGACUGGCACUGGGCUGGGGGCAUCCCUGGAUGGGUUUCGGGGGCCGAGUUCCACGUCCCAAUGGAGCACGUUUACAGAGAGAAGUGAGGAGCUCAGUGCUGGGCCAGAGCCAUCCCUGGAUGGAUUUCGGGGCUCAGGCUCCUCAUUGCAGUGGGGCACGUCAACGGAGAGAAGUGGGGGGCUCAGCACUGGGUUGAGGCCAUCCCUGGACAGGUUUCGGGGGUCAAACUCCACAUCCCAGUGGAGCCCAUCUGCAGAGAGAAGUGGGGGGCUCGGCGUCAGGGCUGGGUCAGGGACAUCCCUGGAUGGGGCUGGGGGGCUGAGCUGCAUGUCUCCCUGGGGUACCUCCACAGGCAGGAGCAGGGGGCUCAGCUCCAAACCUCUUUCCAGCGAUGAGAGUGGGGGUCUGAAGUCCAGGAGCCAUUGGGGCAUAUCGGGAGGAGGAAUUGGGGGGCAGAGCUCCCGAGCUCAGUGGGACACAGCAGGGGAAAGGAAGGGGCUCUCUAACAGCUCAUGGAGGCAGGAAAGUGAGGUGACAUCCAGUACCCACUGGGGCACCUCGGCGGGACCUGGGGGGUUGAGUCACCAGUUUGGGAGAGGGAAAGAGGACUUGGCUUCCAGUGUUCGGAAGGAGGCAGACAGGGAGCUGAACCCUGGCAGCCGGGGAGGGGGAUUGAUCCGGCGGUUCCCGUGGAGGGCUACGAGCGAUGCAGGGCUGGCCUCAGGGAGCCGGUGGGAAGCGUCGGGAGCAGGACAGGGAAUAACCUCCCGUACUCACUUGUUGCGGUCAGCCCCCAAGCAGCAGACGGAUGGAAAGGGCAAAGGCCUGGAAUACUACUUCUCCCAGUUCCUUUGCCUCGCCAGCUUUGUGCUGCUGCUGAUUUUUCUGGGCAUCCUCGUGGUGAAGAUGAUUGGGUCAGGCUGGCUUGACAGGAGAGAGGAGAACUUUAAUCUCUUGCCUGUGGAUUGUGACAAAAGAACGGAUGAUUUCUGUCAAGCUAAACAGAAGGACAUAAUAAUGAACAUACUGAACGAGUUGUAUAACUACUUGUCCGUACAAGCUGGUAAUUUUGAAUGCGGAAACCCUGAGAAUCUAAAAAGCAAAUGCAUUUGGGUUAGUGAAGCAAAGGAUCAUGUGGUGAAUAUAACCGGUACUUCCUCCCAGAAGUUUGAAGCUGCCCUGCACUGGAUACUGAACAGUAACAAGGAUUUAGGAAUAUGGUUGAAAGGCAGAGACCUUUCGGAACCAGUUACCAAAGUGGAGGAAGUGUUCUGUCUCGAAUCAGCCCAUCCUCAGAUGGGGCUCGGCUGCCGUUUCCGUCGGGCAGUGGUCACUGCCAUUAUGAACCUUUUCCUGUUUUUCUGGAGUCUGAUAACACUUUGGGGGAUCCUGAUCUUCCUUCGGUAUCGCUGGCGGAAGAUGGAGGAAGAGGAACAAGCCAUGUAUGAAAUGGUGAAGAAGAUCAUAGCUGUUGUCCAGGACCACUAUAAGGAAUGGGAACGGAAUUUGGAGCGUUACCCCUAUGUCGGCAUUUUCCACGUUCGGGACAGCCUCAUCCCUCCUCAAAGCAGAAAAAAAAUGAAGCGGGUCUGGGAGAGAGCUGUGGACUUUCUGGCUUCAAAUGAGUCACGGAUUCAGACAGAGUCGCACAGAGUAGCAGGAGAAGAUAUGCUUGUGUGGAGAUGGACUCAGCCUUCUUAUGUCUCAGAUUCAGAGCACUGAAGAGGAGCAGAAGUUGAGCAACUGUUGUUAUGGACCUCUGCAAGGGGACAGUCCCUUCUCUGGUGGUGGGAAAGAGCAGGUCACGGUCCUAAUCCCUUAGGGUUGGGGAUUGCACGUAUCUGUUUGCUCUUCUUUCUGAAAAUCUUCACACACAAAAAUUCAGGGCAAUAAUGUUGGCUUGGAAAGAAGAUGGGCUUGAGCUGGUGGUAAGCUAGAAUUGCACCAAAGUUAGCCUUCCAGCAGAUACCUGGCUUCCGUAGGCAAGCAAACCUAGAACAACUUUCUAAAAAGAAAAAAAAAAGCAUACCUAAUAUCGAGGGACUUAGGAUCUCUCUGACAAAGCUUAGGUGUUUAAAACUUGACCUCAAUUCUGCAAAGGCCAACUGGUGGCAACGUCCAUCAGGGAGUGUGUUUAAAGAUUAACAUUUCCCAUGGAAACAUUAGGGUGGCAGUUAAGAUGCAUUUUGUUAGAAUUUGUUUUUAUCAGUACAGAAACAGUGAUGAAAGCACUUGCUGCUUCCUAGCGAGGAGAACAUUUGUGUCAGCUUCACCCUUUAAAAAUGGGGGAGAGGGGGAAAAGUCAGGUGAAGGUAGUCCUAGAGGGAGGGCAGUCUGAUGUGCCUUGGUGGUUUGGGCUGGAUUGGGUGGGACAGAGGAGUGGUUGUGACCCUGCUAUAUACCUUUUAAGUCUGCAGUCUGUGUACUUUAUGA